UUGUUAACAUGCCUUGAUGAUUUACAACGGUUUCAAAUUGACGAGUUCUACAUAACAUGUUUAUGACUUGAACGUAAUGAACGCACAUUGAUUACCUGCUGAUGAAAUAUAUAAUGUAUUUUAACAAUCACUUGAGUCUUGAAACAAUGACUUUUGUCGAAAUUUACUGCACAUAAAAAAGUUUUUGAAAAUUUAAAUAUCUACUAAUGAAUCCAAAAAGAGAGAGGACGAAGUUAGCGAAAAGUAGGUUGCAGUUAUGGAACUGUGGAUUUUCAGCUGAUAGAGAACAAGAUAUUAGACAACAAUUGUUGUUAAUAUCUGAUCAUUAUCAGCAUCUCUCUCAACAUUGUUGUGAGCAACGUCAACAGUGUAGCGAGCCAACAUCCCUGCAAUACCAUCAUCAACCUCAUUCGCGUCACCCACUGAAAACACUCCAACAUAAAUGGCAACUUGGUGAUUUCAACAAGGCGAGCAGUGACUCCAGUCUGUUGUUGGCAAAAAAAUCAAGUGUUUCCAAAUCACUGACAUUAAGAACAACAACAACUUCAACAACUCUGCUGCUCAGUUCAGCAACUAAAUUGUCGUCAGCAUCAUCAUUAUCUUCGGAUUUGUUGACAGCAGCAACCAAAACUACGCCAUCAUCAUCAUCAUCAUCACACUUGUCGACUUGGCAUCCGUUAUUUUCUUCAUCCUCACCUACUAAACCAACAAAUCUGUCUACAACGACAUCGCAUUUUCCAACUCCACUAUCACCAAUAACUCAACAAACGUCACCACCAUCUCUGUGGCCCGCUUCAUCGCUAACAUCUUCGCCAACCGAGUCAGUCAUGGAUGCAAGCGUGUUCGAUUCAUCUCUACCAUCAUUUCCAUUCUCACCAUCCGCAAAUGAGGGAACACCCGCAACACCAAAUUCACAUCAACAACCGAUGAAACUAACCAAAGUGCCGCAAAAAUUUGCCGUUUUAACAAAACCUCAGCUAGCUUUCCAGCAUUUCGAGACUGUGGAACUUUACAUGCAGCAGUAUCGAAACACCAUCACCUACUCCAGGCUCAUGAAGAGCAAAAGGUGCUGGGAAAGUCCGACGAAAUGGAGCGAGGCAGGCAGUUUUGAUGGUAGGAGUCUUGACGGCAGAAGUUGUGGCGAUGGUUCAGUGAAAAGUGGCUGUGGUAGUGGUGGUGGUAGUAGUGGCGUCGCAAGAUUUGUGGACGGUGUUGAUGGUAAGAAGCAUGGUUCAAACAAUAAUAGGAAGAUGGUUUUGAAACUUCCAAAAAUAAUAGCUUCACAAUCGCUUCCAACGCCGCCACCUCAACCGCAUCGUUCCCAGCCACAGCGGUCAAUUCCACAUUUGUCACUGCCCCUCAUACACGCAAACACCUCAUAUAACAACAACUUCAACGUGAUGACAUCAUUAAAGCAAACCAACUACUUGAUGACAUUUCCGCCAAUAUUUCAAAUUUUGCCGCUAAAAUCGAACAAUAUUAAUAACGUGAUGAAAAAUAAAAGCUAUGAUAUGACUAAUAACAAAACUGUUAAUUUCUACUGUUACAACUUCGACUGCGAUGGGCUGUUGUUGAAGAAGAAUGUGCAUCCGUCUGAUAGUUAUAGAUCUCGUAAAUUUGAUGAUGGAUACAAUCAGCAACUCCAAUCACAUCUUCCUCAUCAUCAUCCUCAUCACCCUCAACAUCGUUCAUUUCAAUCUCACGACAAACCAUCAGACCAAACUGGUCCUUGUAAAUAUGAACAACAAGAAACAUCUAAACAAUUUGGCCAACGACAACUUUGUCAACAUCUUCAAAAACAGACAUAUUUGCAACGAGAACAGCAGCAACAACAACAACAACAUCAACAAAAACAACAACAACAAAAUAAUCAUCGCAAACAGCAAAAACAAAACCAAGAUCACCGUCAACAACUUGUUUUAAAAAAAGUUCUACAUGACAUUCAGCCGCAGCAACAAACACAUCAAGAACAACAACGAAAGCGUCACAGAUUGAAAUAUAACGGCGUUAAACAUCGGCGUUGUCUAUCUGAAAGUGAUUAUUAGUUAGUUCGAUCGGUUAGUAGUUGGUUGGAAAAUAUUUUUUGAAAUAAUUUUCUACAACAAUGAUUGUGCGUAGUCUUGGGUUAAAACACACACAGGCAAAUAAAGACCAUUCCUUGCAUCAAAAUAAUUUAUAACUAUAGAAUAACUUUAAAACAAACUUGGCAAAAAUAGAAUAUUAAAAUAGUCUCUGAGUGGUCCUGUACAAACUUAGUCUUUUUUGAUACUUUUAAAAAUUGUUGUGUUGUGUUGUGUUAUGUAAUGUUGUGUUAUGAUAUGUUAGGUUAGGUUACUUUACUUUAAGUUAUGUUAUGUUAAAAUGUAGGACUCUUACGAGCAUAAAAUUGUGUGCAUGUUUUAAACACAACAUUUGCAAGGCUUACGUCUACUUCUUAGAAUGUGGUUGAAUAGAAAGUGCAAUUAAUGAGUGUGUAUCUCAUUUCUACAUACAUUACUUAGCCUGCCUUUAAUAUGUCUUUGUGGUUAUUUCAUAGGUUUGUUGGACUCGAUAUUAUUACAAUACAUUUAUGGUAAUGUUAUUAAUUUGUUUAUCAGACUAAAAUAUUAUUUUGUGGAGAAUAAUUUUAAGUAAAAUGUUUAUAGAUCAAUGAUAAUGUUUGAUAAUUUGCACUACAGAUUUGAAGCGAUUUGUUAGUUAAGCCACUUAGUUAAUAAAAACAUUAAAUAUUACGGCCUACAACAUGCAGAUUCUCUCAUCUUCAUGUCAUUUCCUCAAAAAUUCUACAAACUUAAAUUUACAAUCUAGAGAUACUGUGCUUCAUCGCCUGAAUAGCGAUUUAAAAUAGGUAUCCAUACAAAAGUUUUGGUCUUGUUUAUCAGUUCGAGAUGUCUACCCGGUUUCCUAGUUUAUAAUAAAAUUUGCCAUUCGAAAAUUA